CUUAACGUAAUAAGAGAUUAACGUUAGUUUGUGCAAUCACGUUACUGUCUGUAAGUCUGUUGCUUAACUUAGUCUUACCUCGAAAUACAUUCCCUUAGCUAUAGCAUGUUUUAAUCGUUCCCUUAUAUGCGGUUAGGUCUCCCAUCCCCCAUCAUCCUGAUACGAAGCAGCAGACAUGGUAGAGCCAGCAACACACAAGUUUGCAUCCCUACAAGAGGAGCUGGGCUUCUGGAAGGAGCAGGCAGAGGCACAUCAGCGACGGGCUGAUGAGGCUCAGGAGGAGCUGCAGGAGUUUCAGCAGAUGAGCCGAGACUAUGAAGCAGAACUGGAAGCCGAGCUGAAGCAAUGUGAGGGUCGAAACAAAGAGCUGCUUAUAGACAACAACCGACUCCGUAUGGAACUGGAAAGCAUAAAGGAGAAAUUUGAGGCUCAGCAUUCGGAUGCUUUUAGGCACAUCUCAACCCUGGAGGAUGAUCUGGCACAAACCACUGCAGUGAGAGAUCACCUGCAGAAAUACAUCCGAGAGCUUGAGCAGUCCAAUGACGACCUGGAGAGGACCAAAAGGGCUACCAUCAUGUCUCUGGAGGACUUUGAGCAGCGGAUGAACCAUGUCAUUGAGAGGAAUGCCUUUCUUGAAAGCGAGUUGGACGAGAAAGAGAACCUGCUUGAGUCUGUUCAGAGGCUGAAAGAUGAAGCCAGAGACCUUCGUCAGGAGCUGGCUGUACGUCAGAAGGAAAGACGGCCGUCCAGCAGCCUCGGCAAAGACACAGAUCGAGCAGAUCUGCCAUACCCCUCGGCUGGUAACCCAUCCAUCCCUGUCACACCCUCCAAACCUAUCAGCUCAUUUGCAACGCCCCCUGCUUCCAGUAUCCGACGGGGUGACGGUCUAACUGGGACUCCGCUGACAACGUCUGCUAGAAUAUCGGCACUCAACAUUGUAGGGGAACUGCUGAGAAAAGUUGGAAAUCUGGAGUCAAAGUUGGCGUCGUGUCGAGACUUUGUGUACGACACGUCUGUCAGCAGACCAGCCCUUGCGCAGGGCCCUGGAAGUCCUUCUGGUUUAGAAAGAGGCCCUGAGGUCCCAGCUAGCAGCAUGAGCCCCCCUCCUCAGUACGACAGUUUAGUGAAGCGGUUAGAGUUUGGACCAGCUCCUCCGAGAGGCGUCUCCCAGGGUGCCCAGUCUCCGCAGGCAGGGGUCAAGAUUCUGCUAUGAGAGACGGAGAAGGGGAAGCCCGUUCCUCCUCCAAUAACCUGACACCC